CCUAAGAAAUGCCCCUUAAAUACUGGAUGGACCAGCAAGACAACAAAGUUCACAAGUGCCUUGGAUAUACCUGUGGAGUUUGUAGAGAAGAAUGUGAAAUUGCGGGGAAAAAUACAGCACGUAACCGAGAAGGGCCUCGAGGUCGAGCACGUUCCUAUUAGCAUUCCUUUCCUUACAGCACUGCAAAGAAAAUGGCAAUCAAAGAGCCUCUUGCUGAUAAGACUUGCUGGAGUGGAGCUGACUCCGGGUGCCAUGGGCUGGCUGCAGGAAGAGCUGAAACCCUCACAAAUGAUAUGGUUCCAGCUUCUUGGAAGGCAGGACUUGGCACUCGAGUGCCUUGUUUUAGUAAAUAAGGGCCGGUUUCUCAGCGUGUGCUUAAACGAAGAGAUCCUGAGACAAGGGCUUGGCAGAACGGCCCGGAUUGAAGGACUGCGACACGAUUCUCGCCUCUACUGGAAGCUCCACAAGAGGCUGCUCCGAGCAGAGCUAAAGGCUGCCAAGAAGCACAAAGGGAUAUGGAAAGAAGAAAGCUUUCCUGGAAAAGUGAGGGAUCGAGUAAAGAUUACAUUUCAUCUAUGUCGUGUUAUAGUUAAAACUCCUAGUCUCAAGCAGUUGUUGCUUCCCAAUGAGUGUUUUUUGGAGGAAGAAGAGUUAUUAAAUCCCAGGGAAAAAGAUAAUAAGCCCUUAUCUGAUGAGCUGGUCAUAGGCUCUUUGUUUCGAGUGUGCUUUAACGCCGCGUUCCGAGGUGCGAUGUUUGCCCCCUUCCCGCGGCUCUCCCGGGUUACUUGUCCUUGGGACCUCGGACCGGUGUGGUGCAAAACUUGGGGAAAUGGGAGACAAGGAUCCGGGUGCCCGGGCCGAAACGAGGAGUGUUUGCAAGUCCCGGAAAACCAGAACGGGUACAACCCUCCAGCGAGAUGCCUUUAUUCCUUAACUGAGGAGACCCAGGAGGAGGUUAAAAAAGUGCUCGCCCAGCCUUUGCCAGAGCGAAGGAGUGUAAGGGUGUGUGCAAGAGGGGUGGGCAGAGCGUUUGGGAAGAAGGCACCUGCUGCGGUGCUGGAAGGAGCCCCGGCUGCAGAGCUGGGGGUGCUGCACGUGCCCCCCGUGACUUGGACAGCUGCAAACGGUCUGGUCCUGUGCACUAAAGCAUCGAGUGACGUGCGGAAAGGUGUCCGUGUGGGUCUCUUCAACUUCCAGUAA